UGGCGGAGAGCAGAAGCGGGGUAUAAGAGGAAUAUUGAAUACGACAACACACAUCCGCAUCAUCCUCCAUCCUCCUCCUCCACACCCUCUCACUCCCCCUUCCGCCCACUUUACCUAACCCAUAAACUCCGCCCAUUAGGAUUCCGGCCACCCAUUCUCUCUCUAUCUCUAUCUCUCUCUCUCCCCCCAUUCCUUCACACCAGAGAGAUGGGCACUCGCAUUUCCCAUUUUACCCCUAUCCCUUCCCUCGUUUUCCUCCUCCUCCUCCUCUCCUCCUCCUCCCCUUCCCCUAUCCUUGCCCUAGACAUCUCCUCCCUCCUCUCCUCCUUCCCCGACCUCUCCGAUUUCGCCGCCCUUCUCUCCGCCUCCAUCCUCUCAGAUCUCAACCAACUCACCUCCCUCACUCUCCUCGCCGUCCCCAAUUCCUACCUCGCCGCCUCCUCCGAUCUCACUCACCGUAUCCCUCAAUCCUCCCUUGCCGAUGUCCUCCGCUACCAUGUCCUCCUCCAAUACCUCUCCCCUUCCGACCUCCGUCAGAUCUCCCCUUCCGGCAAGCUCGUCACCACUCUCUUUCAAACCACUGGCCGUGCCACUAGCGAUUUCGGCUCCGUCAACAUCACUCGUGACCCGCUCGAUGGUCUUGUUUCUGUUCACUCCCCUGUUCCUUUCUCCUCUUCCAAUGCUACUGUUUUGACGCUUCUCAAGAAUCUUCCUUAUAAUGUUAGUAUCUUUGCUGUUAAUUCCCUUCUUGUCCCUUAUGGAUUUGAUCUCAUGGCGUCAGAGACUCGCCCGCCUUUGGGCUUGAAUAUUACUAGGGCUUUGAUUGAUGGCCAUAAUUUUAAUGUUGCUGCCUCCAUGCUUUUGGCUUCUGGUGUUGUUGAUGAGUUUGAGGCCGAUGAAGGCGGCGCUGGGAUUACGCUUUUCGUUCCUACUGACUCCGCGUUUUCCGACCUUCCGCCCACAGUGAAGCUCCAGUCGCUGCCAGCGGAUAAGAAGGCCGUUGUCUUGAAAUUUCAUGUGCUUCAUUCUUAUUACCCUCUCGGGUCUUUGGAAUCGAUUGUGAACCCUGUUCAGCCCACUUUAGCGACGGAGGAUAUGGGCGCCGGUAGCUUCACGCUCAACAUUUCGCGAGUUAACGGCUCGGUUGGGAUCAAUACCGGAAUUGUUCAAGCAUCGGUGACUCAGACGGUGUUCGAUCAGAAGCCGGUCGCCAUUUUUGGGGUUUCGGAAGUGCUAUUGCCUAAGGAGAUAUUUGGGAACAAUCCGAUGAUGACGAUCAAGCCUGCGAAUGAAACUAUGGUCAGCGCUCAACCGCCGGAUGCAGUGGCAGCUAUGUCGCCACAAUCUAAUGGACCGCCGUUGCAUCUUUCAUCUCCACCAGGGUAUCGUGAGGAAAUCCGAUCGGUUGCCGCCGGUAACGGCAUACUGAAUUUCUUCCUGACUCUAUGUUGUUGUUGUAUAGCAUUGUAUUUAAUUCAGUAGUAUAAUAUUUUAUUGAUUUUUCCCCGUGACAGUUGUUUUCAUAUUACGGGUUUCUUUUUUUUUUUUUUUUCUUUUGGGUCUCUUUUUACACGGUGAUUUGAAUGAAUUGGGCUACAAAAAGCAGCAGCCAAUUUUUCUUCCUGUAA